GUUUAGUAUAAAAGGCAAGCAGUUCUGAAAUGACAUCGCAAUCGCCAAAUACUCGUCUAUACACAAACAGACAAUCACGCAGCAAUGAAGUCAGCAAUUUUGUUCGCUCUCAUCGGGGCCGCUAUGGCCAUCGGUAAAGGUGGCGGCGGAGGCGGUGGAACCGGUUACGGUUAUGGAGGUGGUUACGGUGGUGGCUAUGGAGGUGGCUACGGAGGUGGCUAUGGAGGAGGUAUGGGAGGAGGUAGUGGUGGUGGCUCCGGAGGAGGAGUGAUUAUUGUGACUGGAGGCGGUAGCGGAGGAGGAUACGGCAGUGGAUACGGCAGUGGAUAUGGAAGUGGAUACGGAAGUGGAUACGGAAGUGGAUAUGGAAGCGGAUACGGAAGCGGAUACGGAAGUGGAUAUGGUGGUGGAUACGGCGCUGGCUACGGAGGUGGUUAUGGAGGCGGUAUGGGCGGUGGUAAAUAUGGAGGAGGUGGACUCGGUGGUGGCUACGGAGGCGGAUAUGGCGGUGGAUAUGGAGGUGGAUACGGAGGUGGAAUGGGCGGUGGCAGCUCUGGUGGUGUUGUGAUCGUAUCCGGUGGUGGUGCUGGCGGUAUGGGCGGAGGCUACGGAGGUGGAUAUGGUGGCGGCUAUGGAGGUGGAUAUAGCGGUGGUGCUGGCGGUAUGGGUGGUAUGGGAAGCGGAUAUGGAGGUGGAUAUGGAGGUGGAUACGGAGGCGGAUACGGCGGAGGAAGUGGAGGCGGAGUCAUUAAAAUUGUAACCGGAGGUGGUAGUGGAGGCGGAUACGGAGGCGGCUAUGGAGGUGGAUAUGGCGGUGGAUACGGAGGUGGUAUUGGAGGCGGUAUUGGAGGCGGUAUCGGUGGUGGAGUCGGAGGUGGAGUUGGAGGUGGAGUCGGAGGUGGAAUAGGUGGAGGGUACGGCGGUGGAUAUGGUGGUGGUUACGGGGGUGGAAUGGGCGGCGGAAGUGGAGGUGGUUUAAUCAAGAUUAUAACCAGUGGUGGUGGUGGAAGUGGAUUCGGAGGAGGCAUGGGAGGCGGUGUUGGUGGUGGAGUAGGAGGUGGCAUUGGAGGCGGAAUUGGAGGUGGCAUUGGAGGCGGAAUCGGAGGUGGCAUUGGAGGCGGAAUCGGAGGCGGAAUUGGAGGAGGGGCAUCUCUUUCCAAAUCAUACAAGAAGUAAAUUCAAGGAAUGCCGCACAACGAAUGACUUUGGUUUGUUGGCCCAGUACAAUGAUUUUGGCGUUCUGAUGGACCUGUAUACGGAUGAGAUUUUAAAUGCAAUAAUUUGUUAUAGCUUAUUUAUGUUGUAUUGUUACAUGUAAUUUAUCUUUUGCUGUUUGUGUGUUUCUUAACAUAAAUAAAGCCUUUGAAAUACAUAA